UUUUUAACCUCUGUGUCUGAAAGAAUGCCUUGCACAGUUGGUGUUGAGUAAAUAUUUGUUAAAUGAAUUCAGCCUGACUCUUGCUACUCUUAACUCUUCUGAUCAAGACUGGCCUGUUUUAGCAUCAGUAGUUGAGGACAGUUUUUGGUGAGGGCUCCUUCCAUUAUUGAUAGUAACUAGACUGGUUUAUGAAAGUAAGAGAAGCUUAUUUGUAGGUGUACCGGUUAAAAUUAGUGUUUAGAUUUUCAAGAAAAGAUUCUAUUUUUAAGGAAUCACCCAGUAUGUAUGCAGUACUUAUUUUCCCACAAAAGGGAAGAGAGUGCUAGAAUUUUCUGCUUAUGUUAGGCUUCUGGAAGCCUGGCAACCACUCUUAGCCCUGUUUCUGUUUUGAGUUACUUUGUAGGCUAUGGUCAAUAAUUAGGGUGGUGGUGGUGUUUUAGUCAAGACAUCUCCUCAGUCUUCACCAGGAACCUCAUUAUGGUAGUUGUUCUUUAAAACCAUAGAAUACAUUGCUUUGCUUAAAUGUAUCUUGCUUUCAUAUAGUUGACCCACAGAGCACUUUUUAUAAAGGACAUUUGACAUAAAAACGAAAUAAUUCUUUCAACAGUUUGUGAGGUAACUGGCAAAUGUGAUGAUGACCCCCCUCUUGUACAUGUUGACACGAAGCAAACCAUUUAUUUCAUUUUUGCUGCAUUCAUAGGCCAGUUGAUUAAAAGAAUUAGCUUGGAUUUUUCAGACUUCCAUAUCAGAGUAUAAUCUUUUUCAGAGAUGACUAAAAAAUAGCAUAUCCAGAACUAGUGAUAAAAUAUAAGAAUGGUGAUUUUGACUAGGAAUUCCUAGCAAAUGUAUUACCUGCUUUUGUAAGGUUUUCUCUUUCAGAAUAGCCAAAAUAAGUAAAGACUUGUAUGAGAUUCAGAAUCUGGUUAAGUCUGAUUCAUCAUCUCUAUUUCCAACAGAGGUUUCCUGUUAGACAAGACAAAUUAGAGUCUUCCUACUGACUUAACUUGGGUGAAGAGAGAACAGAAAUCUUUGUCUGCUGACUUUGGAGAUCUUGUUUAACCUUCAAACUGGCGAUGUCAAGGGUUCCAAGUCCUCCACCUCCGGCAGAAAUGUCGAGUGGCCCUGUAGCUGAGAGCUGGUGCUACACACAGAUCAAGGUAGUGAAAUUCUCCUACAUGUGGACCAUCAAUAACUUUAGCUUUUGCCGGGAGGAAAUGGGUGAAGUCAUUAAAAGUUCAACCUUUUCAUCAGGAGCCAAUGAUAAACUGAAAUGGUGUCUGCGAGUAAACCCAAAAGGACUAGAUGAAGAAAGCAAAGAUUAUCUGUCACUUUACCUGUUACUGGUCAGCUGUCCAAAGAGUGAAGUUCGGGCAAAAUUCAAAUUCUCCAUCCUGAAUGCCAAGGGAGAAGAAACCAAAGCUAUGGAGAGUCAGCGGGCAUAUAGGUUUGUGCAAGGCAAAGACUGGGGAUUCAAAAAAUUCAUCCGUAGAGAUUUUCUCUUGGAUGAGGCGAACGGGCUUCUCCCUGAUGACAAGCUUACCCUCUUCUGUGAGGUGAGUGUGGUGCAAGAUUCCGUCAACAUUUCCGGCCAGAACACCAUGAAUAUGGUGAAGGUCCCUGAGUGCCGGCUGGCCGAUGAGCUGGGAGGACUGUGGGAGAACUCCCGGUUCACAGACUGCUGUCUGUGCGUUGCUGGCCAGGAGUUCCAGGCUCACAAAGCUAUCUUGGCAGCUCGUUCUCCAGUUUUUAGUGCCAUGUUUGAACAUGAAAUGGAGGAGAGCAAAAAGAAUCGGGUUGAAAUCAAUGAUGUGGAGCCUGAAGUUUUUAAGGAAAUGAUGUGCUUCAUUUACACGGGGAAGGCUCCGAACCUCGACAAAAUGGCUGAUGAUUUGUUGGCAGCUGCUGACAAGUACGCCCUGGAGCGCUUGAAGGUCAUGUGUGAGGACGCCCUGUGCAGUAACCUCUCCGUGGAGAACGCCGCAGAGAUCCUCAUCCUGGCUGACCUCCACAGCGCCGAUCAGUUGAAAACUCAGGCGGUGGAUUUCAUCAACUAUCAUGCUUCGGAUGUCUUGGAGACCUCCGGGUGGAAGUCAAUGGUGGUGUCACAUCCCCACUUGGUGGCCGAGGCCUACCGCUCUCUGGCUUCAGCACAGUGCCCUUUUCUGGGACCCCCACGCAAGCGCCUGAAGCAGUCCUAAGAUCCUGCCUGUCGUAAGACUCCGUUUGUUUUCCUGAAGCCGCAGCCACCGUUGCUGCCACUGACCACCAGGUAGACAGUGCGAUCUGUGGAGCUUUUACUGUCUUGUGGGGGCAGGAGACUGCAUCGUGGCCCCCAGACUUUCAAAACAGCACUAAAUAAACUUGGGGGAAACGGGGGGAGGGAAGGGCCCGGGACCUGGGGCCGCUCAACCUAAUGAAAACCCUGUUGCUGCGUCACUGUGUUCCCUUUGGCCUGGCCGAGUUUGAUACUGUGGGGGUUCAGUUUAGGCGCCGGCCCUGAGGACGUCCCAGCGGUGGUACUUCGGAGAAACCUGUAUGCAUCUGACUGAGCAGAACAAAUCGUCAGGUGCCUGGAGCAAAAAGGAAAAAGGAAAAAAAAAAAAAGGACAUUUAGUUUUAAGAGAAGGGAAACGAAGCGGAAAGAAGAAAGGAUUUUUGCAGAAUUUCUCAAAAAUCAGUUUGUGGAUUCCAGUAGUAUUUAUGUUGAGAGAAAUUUUAGUCCAUCCAGCUGUGCUAAAACUUGGAUAUUUGUGACAACUCCUCACCACCAUACAAGUAUCAGAAGAGCUCUCUUGUUGUUAGCACUUAUUGUUUGCAAGAACAGAAUACAUCCUUUUAUCCCUUUAUGAAAAAUGACAAGUGAAGGCGAGAGGGGAAGGAGGUUAUUUGAGCUGGAAGAUGCGUGUUCUGAUGUGGUGGCUUUUGCAAAAAAUCUUCAUUGGUGUUGAAAACUGGAAAAAAUAAUUCAUCCAGAAUUCAUACUGUCUUGGCAAGAACUAUGGUUCUCUGUUUUUAGAUAUUGUGGAAAAUGUUUUUUGGCAUUUUUCUCUGAUUUUAUUUCUCCUCCCUCCCCCCCUUUUCUAAAAAAAUAAAACGCAAAACAAAAACAACAAAAAGAAGAGAAAAGAAAGGGAAAUUUUAUUAUUAAUGCUGUGUGACAAAAAUCCCAGCCCAGAUUGCUCAGCUCUUUGUACCUGACUUGCCACCUGCAUAGGAGCCGGUCCUGUUCCUUCCAAUUCACCCCUUUCCUACAGGGGAGAACUUCCAAAUGUUAAUUUUUUUCUUUUUGAAAAUAUAAAUAAUUACUAUUUUGUACUGUGUGGUAUC